ACGCAGUUUUAACAGGACAAUAUGUUACUUUAAAAUAUUAGAAAAAUAUAAGAAAAAAACAUCCUUUUUGACGUCAGUCAGAGAAUUGUGCAAGUGCGCAGACAGUCGAAUGCGCAAAUCAUCAAAAGUGAUGGCGGGUCUGUGUAUAUCGUCUGAGAGUUAAGUCUGCACAAUAAACAGGAUAUAUGACCACUGCAAGGGGAACCGAGACUCUAUGCAUCAUCCCGUCGGAGUGGGAGGGUCUCUGUUCACCUAGACAUGCUAUUUUGUUUUGGUCUUUUUGCAUUACUUUUGUACAACACGGUCGUUGCUAACGCAGUGUGCAGUUUCACAUACUCCAAGAAAGAUAAGAUCAACGCAAUAUCAUCAGAUUAUCAACAAAAAGGAUAUGAAAGAAAAUGUGAAUAUGUAAUAACAGCACCAAAAAAUAGUUAUAUUAUUCAACUCAAUUUCACUGAUCUCGUUGGAUUUAAAACUCCUCGGAGUUCCACGUCUUUUACUCCUGCCGAGGAAUUGACUCGGUCAGACACUGUUCAGGAGGGGAAAAACUGUCUUCCCCCUGAAUUAAUAAUUAAGGAAAGAACGUUAAAAGGAAUAGAAAUUAAAAGUAGAACUAUUUGUAAUUACGAUUACAAACUACCGCAAGUCUUUCAUUACAAGUCAAACUUUGUGAAAAUUAUUUUUGUUUGGGUAAAGAAUGCAAGGAGUGGAUUUAAAUUAGAUAUCGACUUUCAAAAAAGUAAUGAGUGUGAGAUAUACUGUGAUGAGUCCAAGUGUUUAGACUCCCUAGUCUGUAAAACAACAAGUGCCCCGUCAUUAAAUGAUGUACAAAGUCUAGGUGCUUCUCCUUCUACUCCUAUAUCAAAGAUAGUUGUGAUUAUAGUGAUUGUUGUUUUGAUGCCCGUACUGGCUGUGUUUAUCUGUGUUGUGUGUCCCUGUCGAUCUACAGCUCGUAUGUUACGUAGGUGGCGCAGUCGUGAUCGAGGAGUGGAACAUCGACAAUUAAGACCUCAAUCUCAAGGAUCAGAGGUUGUCUAUGUGCCAUCCACAUCAUCAACUGGAUCAACUAAUCAGGAUAAUAUCGAGCAUCAGACCGCUUUAUUACGUGAACGCAAUAUCAUAAUGCAAUCAGCACAAACUUCUGUUCAAUUACCCCCCCACAUCCCUAUAUCCAAGGAUGGGGAGGAGGGUUAUAUAGAAAGUCAGAACAAAUUGGAACGUCAUCGAAGGAGUGAUUAUCAAAUAUGCUUUCGACCACCACCAAAUAAAACUGUAUACGAUAAGGACAGUCCCCCUCCUUAUAGUUCUCGGUCUACGUCCUCCAUAGAUAGCAUUGGCCAAGCCAAAAAUAGUUUAGUAACAGACAAUAAUAGUGGAUGCCCUGUGUUGCGUUGUUACAGUAUGUCAGACAAUAACAAUCAUUCGUGCUUUCAACAACCGCAGCAGUUUAAUAGAACUUCUGUGUCCUCAAGACAACUUAGGCAAACUACUAGUAAUACUGGAGUAAAUAUGGACCGACCUCCCGAUUAUCCAGGAGGAGUCUUAGGAUCAAACGUUUAUCAUAACAGUGCAGCGCCAGCAAAAAAUUCUGUAUGAUUGUCGGUUGGCAGCCAUUUUAUCUCCUUCCAUGUGCUUAUUAAAUUAUUUGAACGGAGAUGAAGCUAUUGUGAUAUUCUUUUGGUUAGGUCUAUCAUUUGACAAAGGGCAUGCCAUUUUUGUGAUACAUAUCUUUAUGAGAGAGUUAUAGAACUUGAUUGUCCCUGCUCCUAAUUAAGCAUUUUAUGUUGAAAUGCAAAGCAGCACUUAUUAUCAUUGUUAUUCUUUGUGGCUUUACUGAAUAGUUUUUAGUUAUUUUGUUCUAAUUUCAAUAUUGAUGUUGAUGUAGGCCAGUACAUUGGUAGUCUUAACUUCAUUUCAAAUGGAAACCCUUUUUUUUUCUUGAACCUGGAAAGUUGAUACAUGUAUUUGUUUUAUCUAAAUCUGUUGCUAUCUGGUUGUGCCAAAAUUAUAAGUCAGGUUGUUUUAAGAACUGGAAACUGUAAUACAUUGCUACUGUAAAUUCAGAAAUUAUUGUGUGCGUUUAUUAUUAUUGCGAUUUUGUCAUUUUAGACUAAAAUGCGAUUUUAAUUUUUGCGAUAUUGAGAAAAGUCCUGUUUAAUUUAUAUAAAAAAGUUCAAAAUGCGAGACUAAAUUAUUGCGAUGAUUUUUGCAAUAAUAUAAACACUGCAAUAAUUUCUGAAUUUACACUAAAAUGAAAAACAAGUCAGUUAAUAAAUGUAAUUCCCUGUCAGAUUAUGAUUGCUUAAAGUCAGAAUAUUAAAUAGAAAUUUAGGAAAUGAGGAAAUUGGUUAUUUAUUUUACUGAUUUUCCAUGCAAACAAACAAAAUUAAUACUGUAAAAAGUGUUUAUGAAAAGAAAUAUUUUUCCAUGUUAAUUUUCGUUCUAAGAACUGAGUUUCGUUAUUAUAUAUAUUUAUACAUAUUUAUUUUCAAAAUUAUUUGAACCUUGAAUUUGAUAAAAAGUCUGUUAUUCAAUAUAAAAUCUUUUUAUUUUUAACCUCAAAUAUAACAUUGGUUAAUAUCUAUUUAUAUUUCUAAUAAUAAGGGAGUUCAUUCAAAAUUUAUUUUUAGAAACAAGAUAAUUGUUAUAAUUUUUUUUAUUAAAAAUGAUUUGAAACUAGGCUGGUAAAGGAAUAAAACCCAAUAUGACAUCAUUGUUAAUAUUGUAGUGACACUUUGAACUAAACCAAAUUGUGACAUUUAUACAGAAAUAUACAAAAUGACAGGAAAUUAAAACUUCAACUCAAAAGAGAAAAUUUCUGUUCCGAGGGAAAUGACAUUUGCAGAAUUGAAAACUUCAACAUUCAGUUUUGUCAUUAAUAAUUUAUAGGUUUUCAAUUAAGGAAAAAUGCAAUAAUUUUAAAAGAAAGAGAAAUGGUGACAGUUAUUUUUAAAGAAGAUGGAAUUGUUAUAUUGAAUUGUUCUAAAGAUACCAGAGAUUGUUUAAGAUGAAUCAAUCCCCAUAAAUUUCAUAUUAUUAAAACUAUUAUUACUCAUUUCUGGUCAUGCAAGACUUUGUCUUGUGAAAUUAAUAAAUUGAAUAUUUUUUUUCAGUAUUAUGUAAAAAUGCAUUAAUUGUUUCAGAGAAUGAUAAUACAUGUACCUAUAUUUACAUUAAAUAUUUAAAAUAUCAGGAGCCAAUCACUCUUUUAAAAUCUAUUGCAUUUCUUGCUAAAAUGUUCAAAUUAUAGAAAACAAUUGUUAGGAUGAGUAACAAAUGUCUUAUAUCUUUACUUUUGAUUCUGAAGUGGCAAAUUCUGUGUUUUAUAAAUAUUAUGUCUUACUGGUUCUAAAAACUGUUUUCUCACGACAGGCAUUUCAUUACUAUCUUACCUACUUUGAUGACUUUAUUAAUGUUAAUGGGACCAUUUUUGUGUGCCUAAUGAAUGAAUUUUGGAUAGGGGAUUAUUUCAUGUUACCACUUUAUAAUUUUUCACAACCGAAACCAUUUUCAUUUUAAUAUGGUCAUCUCAUUUUAAUUUAAUCUGGAGCUUUAAAAAAAAUUAUUAAGUCAAUAUUUUUUCAAUGAAGUUGUAUUCAAGCAAUUCAGGUUUCAGCACAUUUUGAUCUCUCAGCCUACAAAAUCUUUGUGUCUGUCUGUCCUAUGUCUCGUUUAAAUUCAAAAUAAUUGACCAUGAAGGUGUAGUCACAUCAACUUCAAACUGAGUAUCCUUAAAAUGAUGACAGUUAAAAAAAAAAAUAGGACAAAAUAAGGUUUGAACCAGAUUCUACAGUUCAAUGAAAAUGGCACAAUGAGGCAUGAUGUCCUGUGGACACAUAUCCUUGUUUAAAAGAAGUUUUUAUAGAGUGAUUUGAUAUGGUUUCAGUUGUGAUGAUAAAUAAGAUAUUAAAUAAGGCAUUAAAUAUUUCUUAUGGAAUAUGUUUGGAAACUGCUAAAGACAGAAGAUGGGAUAAAUAGGCACUAUUUCACUGCACAGAUUUUAUUGUGAACCAGCUUUAGUCUCAAGUUCUUCACUUAUUUUUUUAAAUCUACAUUUUAUAUUAUAUUUCCUAAUACUUUAAAAAAAAAAUAAGAAAUGGAAGGAUUAUAUUUUCUAGUAGGAAAUCUUCGUGCAUGCAUGUGAAUGCUUAUUGGUAAGAAGGGCCUUGCUAACUUUAUGUCUUAUUCCAUUAAAUUUCUUUAAUUUAUUUAGAUGAAUUUUCCUUGUAAAUUGGGAUUUAACAAUAACUACCAUAUUGGAUGAGGGGUUGGGGUGGCUUAAUUUUUGUCCCUUGUAUUAAAAUCCUAGCUGUUUACUCUAGUGUAAGACACAUAAACAAAACUCUUACCAUUUCAAGUCAAAUAAACACUAAUUGUCUGUUGUAUCAUACACAUGUAAAAAACUACAUAUUUACACACUGUGUGUGUAGUAAAUUGCAUAAUAACUGUCUGCUGUGUCUGACAUAUCUAGGCGACUACCAGUAUGUUCCUAUCAAUAAAAUAAUUGUCUGCUAUAUAUCAGACUUCAAUAUUAUGAUUCAUAUGAUCUCAUCGGAGCAAACAAUUCUUGUCUAUAUGUUACUCUCUCUCCCUCUCUAUCUCUCUCUCUCUCUCCAUCUUGUUUCUCAAUUAUAUACACCUUUUCUGUUUUUAAAGAGAAAUGACCUUUGUGCAUGUAGAAAUUUCAUAGUUUUUGUGACAAUUUUAAGUGAUAGAAUUACUUUGCUUACAAAAUAUCAUGUUAUUUUUUUGUGUAAAAUAAUUUGUUUAUCACUUGUUAUAAAAUACUGGAUUAACAUGAUUUCAGCAUAGUUUUAUUCCAUGUUCAAAAAGAUAAUUGUGACUUUCCCUUGUGUUGAUUUAUUCAUAUAGAAGAAUAUCUUAUCAGAUAGAAAUGAACUGUUAGUCUGGUCCCAACAUUUUACAUGCCUUUUCCUUCUUUUAAGUUUAAAUGAGAAAUUAAAAUGUCUGAUUCCCUACUGUGUAACCCAGUCACUAUAUCAGUAUUUUAUUCUAUAUUUUUUUAAAGACAAAAAAGUAAUAAUUUCAAAAACCAAACAAGUUUAAUCAGAACUAAUUUGGUAAUAUUUAUAUUUUUUGUAUUUAUUUUUGUUUCAAAGUAGCAUGACGAUAGAUUAUAUUUGGGAUAUUAAUACUUCAAAAACCAAUAUGAAUGAACUGUCCAGAUUUAAAAAUGUUCAGCCUAUUUUUUGUACAAAGAGAGGUAACUCUAUUUAUUUUGAAAUUCUUGGCUUUAAAAAAAUGUUUAGUUCUAAAACUAGACUGUCGAACUGCUAUUCUUAAAAACAAAAAUCAUUGAGAGAAAAAAUACAUAUUUUUAUUAAGAUUCUUACCAGUUUAUUAUUAAAAUAUUGGGUUCAAUUAUAUAAAAACACUGAUGCUACCAUUUUCAACCAAGAUCAAGAAUAAAUAUAUCUAAGAUUUGUAAGGAAAUUUGCCUGGAUGCCAUUUCACUUGUUUUUAAAUGACAUUUCUGAACUAAACUUCCCAAAGCAUGUACCUUUAUAACUUUGUUUUUUUUAAUGUUGGUUUCUAUGAAAAAUACGCAAAUAACUUGAAUAUAUAUUACACUAUGUUGAUCAAAUGGGCAAACUAAUUUUUUGCAGGACUAAUAAUUAGCUUCUGUAAUAUUGUUAUUCAUACCUGUAAGAUAUUCUACCUGAUAAGUACCCUAAUACAUAUUUUUUCAAUUCAAAAUGCUUCCCAUUUUUUGAAACAAAUGAUAUUGCCAUAGUAACGACACUAUUUGCCUUUAUUAUCCCAGUACAUUUAACUGUGAUUCCAGAGUGCAGAUUUUGUUGAGAAUAAAUGUCAGUUAUAAAUGGUUGCCUGAUAUUGGGCAGAACGUGAAACAGGCAUACUCUAAGUAUGUCUGUUAUAUGUAUGUAUCUCCUUUGUAAGUACCUAAGGUGCUUUGUAUAAAGAUCUUCAUUUUUGUUUUUUUUUGUUACACAUUACCAGAAUAGGUUUAUAUUUUUACUUGAUUGUUGGUAGUUUUCAUGCACAGUAUUCUACACAUGCAAUGUUGCAGUGAAAUAAAGAUACAUUGAUUAACUAUAUUAUUUUUCACAGAACAUCAUGAGUGAAGACCAGUUCAUUUUAAUAUGAAAAAAUGUAAUUUGACAUGACUUUUGUGAGAAAUCUACAUUUGUUUUAGUUUGGUAAACAGAUCAUGUUAUUAUGAGUAUUUUCAAUAAUUACUUGCCUAUUUGAACUAUAAAGUUGCUAAAUUUAUGUACUAUCUCCUUAUCCAUUUUGAAGGUUUUACUGAUAUGUUUGUAAAAAUCCUUUAAGUAAUUUUACCCCUCCCAUACAGCACUUUUCUUAUACUGUUAUCAAAUAAUGCAGUCAAAUAGAUCUAGCAGAGCAAACAAUGCAAUGACAAUGUUUAUUCUCAUAUGUGUAGUUUAUAUGUUAUUAUUAUGUGUUUUUGUGUUUUUUAAAAGGAAAAAAUAUAUUUUUAUGUUAGUUUGUAUGAAAGAUAUAUAUAUGUUUAUUUACAUGUAAUGUUAAGUAAAAGAUAGAAUGAAGAUGUUGAUAAAUGUUUAAUUUAAUUUCCAAACAAAGUUGACCAUUGGUCAGUUAAAUAAGUAGAGGUGUGCUGAUAUAGAUGUAAUUUGGUUUAUGUGUAUAGUCUCUAUGUGUGAUUUCUCUCAUCACUUUCUGGUCGUAUGUUAUAUGUAUAGUGGGAGUUCAGAGUACACAAAGGUAUGUCCUACAUGUUGACCUCUCCUAGUGCAAACGUCAUUCAACCAGGGCAACUAUCAAAAUAGUAGCAACUGGCCUAUUUUCCUUUACUUUUUGUAGAACUUUGAUUCAGUGGUAAAAUUCUUUAUUCAUUUAAAUAAGAUAUAACUAAUGUAUAUAUAAUAAAAAAACAUUUAACACCCAUUUGUUUGACAAUAAAAUUUGUUAUAAUUUAGCUUUCGUCAUAACCUGCAUCAGGAAUAUGUAUAAAAAUAUCUGCCACUGAACGUAAAACAAACAACCCUUAGAUAAAACAACCAACCUAUACAUAUAGUUCAAAACUAUGUCCAGUUUUUACAUGUGGGUUUUGGGGUGAUUUCACUUAAUUUAAUCUUAUUUAUUAGUUGGAAUCUAAUAAAUUAAUAAUUUCUACUGUUUUGCCAAAAAGAAAAUUUAUUUAUUUAUAUGUGAGCAUUGUAAACAAGAGAGAGUAUGUGUCUGGAUAUUUUGCAAUGGGUGUAGUAUGUAUUGUAUACUUGUAUUUCAUUUGACAUAUACUUUUGUUCCCUAAUUCAUGCUUUGUCCAUCUUUCAGCAUGAUAAUGGAAGAUUUGAUUUACAGUCAAUGCAAUUAGUAAGUCUGCUUAUUGAUGUUCUCCACAACUUGUUAAACAAGCAAGAUUUUAACUGUUAUAUAUUAAUUCAAUUGGCAUUUUGUUCAUGGUUUUCAAUGGAACUCGUUUCAAAGUCACUGAAAUAAGUUGCAACUUAUAUUUAUUUUCUUUAAUGUAACAUUAGUUGUUAGUGCUUCAGAUAAUUAUGGGAUAUAUUAACUUCAACUAAUUUAAGAAGAAAAAAUAUGUCCUAAUGCAAAAAUUAAAGUAAAUUUGUAUCUCAGAUUGGAAUGGCUUAUCAACAAUACAGUACUAAAAUAUAUUUAAUUUGCUCAUGUUUAAAACAAGGUUGUAAAAAGGUUUUUUUUUUUAAUAAGUGGGCGUUAAUGGGUUAACAUCACAACAACACAAAAUAGGCCAUAACACCUGCAAAAUUUGGGUUUUUUUUUCAAUUAAGUAGCUGUACUUAUUUCUGUGUAUUUUAAUUUUUAAAUUACAGAUCACUUUAGCAAUGUAGAUAUUUAAGUCAUCCACCAUCUUAAAUCAAUCAUAGAAAUCUGUUACAUGUUUUGACUAUGAAAAAAAUAUUUGAAAAAGUAAGAAUAAGCAUUGAAGUUUUUUGUUAUCGUAAGCAUUUUUAAGCAAUUAUUAUAAUAUACCUUAUUCAGAAGACUCUUUUUGUUAUGAAAGUUAAUAUAUUUAACAGAUGAUUGAUGGUCAGAGUAAUGCACCUACUUGGAAGGUUUUCCACAGUAGGAGUUAUUAACAUUAUAAAAAUUAGUAUCAGUCAGAGCUGUAUUAUAUGAAAUGAAAUGAUUUUUUUCUUUACAAUAUGAAUAAAAAGAGAUUUAUGUUUGUGAAAAUGUGCAUGAAAACUGUCAACAUUUCAUUGUCAAUUGCAGUCGUGUAUGUUUGUUUUUAACAGUCUUAUCAACUGUUUAUGAAAAGUAUAAAAGAUAAUGCUUA